ACAAUAUUUUCUAUUUUCCUUUCUUCUCUCUCUAGAUUUUCUCUGUCUGCAAUUCAGUGGGGAGCCCAAACCGGUCCACUACUUUGCUGGCUUCAAGCUUUCAAUUCUUUGUUUUUUUUAAUUGAAGUUGGCUCAUUCAAACGCAUCAUAAUUGAUAAUUCUUUUUCAGCCCUGUUUUCCUCGCCCUUAUGUGUGUUUUUUCCUCUUAUAUCGCCUCAUAUCUUCAUCAUCAUUCCCUUCAAUUUGUUUUUUGAUUUGAUGGAUCCACGGAUCUAAACCUCUUUUCCAAAAGGUAAAAUCUUUGAUGCGGGUUUCUUGUUGUUUAAUCUGGGAAGAUUGUACUGUUGAAUUACUUGACUGGAGAGUUUUGAGAUUUUGAGAAAUUGGUUUUUGUUUAUUCGGUUUUUUUUUUCUUUUUUUUUGGGAAUGAACCUUCUAGAAUCUGAACUGGCUGACCAAACCGUUCUACGAAGAAAACGUAACUUUUGACCACUCUUGUUUUAAAUUUUCAAAGCUUCCUGCCCCUUUUCCUCGGUGUUAAACUUUGAACGAACUUUAUUUCAGUCAGAGAUCUGUUUCCAUAUUGGAAGACCUUGAUUCUUGGUAGCCUGCAACAAUUCUGAGCUGAAUUAAACAUAAACUUUGUACCUCUAUAUAUAUACUUCGAUGGAGUUAUUUUGUUGAGCUGUUUCGUUUUGUUCAAGUUCUAAUUUUGGUUGCUUUGUGUUUGUUGUUUUUCCUCAUCUAAAUUUGUACUGCAUAUAGCUUCGCUUUCUUGAGGAAUUGAUAGUUUAAUAAGUGAUUGCAUAUUGAGGUUUAUUUGGGUCUUAGUUACUUUGAGACCUCGAUAGAUGUGCAUAAUUUGGAGGGUGGUUCGGAUGAGAUGAGGUAUGUUAUUGGGUUUAAUGAAAUUUUUGAGGGCCUGUUUUCGGCCAAGGGCGGAUCAAUAUGGUUCCACGGCUUCUGAUGCUGGAGGGCGUCAAGACGGGCUUCUAUGGUACAAGGAUACAGGGCAACAAUUUAAUGGAGAGUUUUCAAUGGCUGUAGUUCAAGCUAAUAAUUUACUCGAGGAUCAGAGCCAACUUGAAUCUGGUUGCUUGAGCUUGCACGAUUCUGGGCCGUAUGGUACUUUUGUGGGGAUUUACGAUGGACAUGGUGGCCCAGAGACUUCUAGAUUCAUUAAUGAACACCUCUUUCGACACCUCAAGACGUUUACUGCAGAGCAUCAGUCUAUGUCAGUGGAGGUAAUACGUAAGGCACUUCAAGCAACAGAAGAUGGUUUUUUCUCAUUUGUCAGCAGACAAUGGUCUUCGAAUCCACAGAUUGCAGCAGUUGGUUCGUGCUGCCUUGUCGGAGUUAUCUGCAAUGGAACACUCUAUAUUGCCAAUCUUGGUGAUUCCCGUGCUGUUUUAGGGAGACUUGUUAAAUCAACAGGGGAAGUAAUAUCUAUUCAGCUCUCUUCAGAACAUAAUGCGAGUAUUGAAUCUGUUAGACAGGAACUGAAAUCUCUGCACCCUGAUGACUCACAAAUUGUUGUUCUAAAGCAUAAUGUGUGGCGUGUGAAGGGCCUUAUACAGAUUUCAAGAUCCAUUGGUGAUGUGUAUUUAAAAAAGACUGAAUUCAACAGGGAGCCAUUAUAUGCAAAGUUCCGACUUCGUGAACCUUUUAAAAGGCCGAUUUUGAGCUCGGAACCAUCAAUUUCUGUGCACCAAUUGCUACCUCACGACCAGUUUAUAAUAUUCGCAUCAGAUGGCCUUUGGGAGCACCUUACCAAUCAAGAUGCAGUUAAUAUAGUUCAAAAUCAUCCAUGCAGUGGAAGUGCUAGGAGAUUGGUGAAAGCAGCAUUGCAAGAAGCAGCAAAGAAGAGGGAGAUGAGGUACUCGGACUUGAAGAAAAUUGACCGUGGCGUUCGAAGGCAUUUCCACGAUGACAUCACAGUUAUCGUGGUUUUUCUCGACUCAAAUCUUGUGAGUCGGGCUAGUUCGAUCAGGACUCCAAACAUAUCUUUCAAAGGGGGUGGCGUCAGUCGGCCUUCUAACACUCUUUCGCCUGGCACUAAUUGAUGCUUCUGUUUCUAAUGUUAUUGCCUCUCAUGUGAAUACAGGUAGAGCUUCUUGAAAGACAAGGGCAGUACUAAAAUUCUUUAUUGUAUACUGUAACUUUUAACUCGAGACCUUAUACUUAGUAUAGUUUCAAUGCCCAAGAAAGAGACUGAAAACAGAAUUUCGUGACAAUCAGUGUAGGUAUGUUGGCUUGUUUUUCCCA